AUGGAGAUCAAUGACUUGCGCGUGCAAGAGCUCGAUGCGAAGAAGAUGCAGAGAGAGCGAGCAUUCAUGGCACGCGAGGAUGAGCUGGCCAAAGAGGAACGCGCCCGGGACCGGAUCAAGUCCCUUGGCAUGGAAGCAUUCCCCGACCUGUUUCAGAAAGUCUCACAGCCUCUGAAGUAG